AUGAAUAACUUAUUGAAACUCGUGGUAAGAGUGAGAGAAUGUCUUUCCGUUUCUUUCGGCGUUCGUAACGGAGAGGGAAGGGAUUGGGAAUGUUGGAAACUUAAGAAGUGGUGUUUGGCUCCAAACACGGCUCACAAUGUGUUUGUGUCGUCCGAUCCGACCGGUAAUAGGAGCGGUAGUGGGACUGGUAGUGGGGUCUGUAGUGGGACCGGUAGUGGGAUCGGUAGUGGGACCGGAGCUGAUCUAACCCUGAUGAAUGCGCACUUGAGAUGGAGUCAUAUGGUCAUAGUAUGGCUGAUAUUGAGUACACCUGGGGUAAAGGUGCCGAGUCCGUUGGCUACUCAAAAUCAAUUGAUCAUGGUGACUAUUAAUUAGUUGAGGCCGUAAAUCGUGUUGAAACUGUGACACUAUCAUCAGGACAAUAUUCGCGAAUUAUGGCUGCCUUUAAAUUCAACCCUAAAAAUUAAAGCCUUUAUGGGAUUACCACUAUAUAGACUUUCCAGAAGUGCACCCAGUUAAUUUUUGAUUUUGGUAAUCUUAAAAUUAUCAUAAAUGUUUACCGGUAAAUUAUAAUAAAUCCUAAAAGUUAAUUUUUUUAAUAA